UCCAACCCUGUUACUGGAGAGCUACCGUCUUGUAGGUUUUCACUCCAACCCUGUUCCUGAAGAGCUACCGUCUUGUAGGCCCUGGACCGAGUUUGGGAAACCCUGUACUAGAGCAAUAGGUCAAUAGCACGUAGAAGGCAUGAAUUAGUAAUAAAGUACUAACUUCACCUCAAGCUGCAUUUCCUGUACCAAUUUGUAUUUCCACACACACAGAUAAUAGGCAUGAUGGAAAGUCCCAUGUGAGCAUUACAAUAACUUUCCCCCUUAAACGGAACAUCUGGGGCUUUCUCCAGUUCUAGUGAAACUACAGUAACGUUAGUAUAGUGUGAGGCAAUUGUGAGAGAGGAAAACAUUGUUCCUCUUUCACAUGGUUGAAGUAGCAUGGAGCCACACUGUUUCUGCAUUCAACAACACUACUAUCUUGUUGCCUAACCAAUAUUUUUAACUUUCUCUAACAGGGUGUGGUUUUGGUGUAUUCAAAUGAAAUGUAUAACAUUCUCUUUCUCUCUCUUUUCUUCCCUUCUUCAUUCUCAGUAAUGCUUGUCCCCCAGGCUAAGUGACAGGACCAGUCACCCUGGUCAACUCCCCCUGUUGCUGUGGUCAAGUUACUGUUGUGGUCAGUCACGAUGAACACCUCCUCAGUAGCGGUGGCCACAGGGGUCAGCAACGCCACCCUGGAGAUGCUGGUCAGUCCUGUGAUGACCGUGGCUGUGCCUAUUAUUUACCUCUCUGUGUUUGUGUGCAGUACCCCCUGCAACCUGCUGUCUCUGGUGGCGCUGCUGAACAUCCACUACAAACGCCACACUCCUACAUCUGUGCUUGCCAUCAACCUGUCGCUGGCAGACCUGCUCUACAGCGCCUUCCUGCCCCUACAGGUUUUGUACCACCUGUGGGGUAAUGACUGGCCGUGGGGCGCUGCUCUCUGUGGCCUCACCACCACAGCCCUCAACUGCAACCUGCACUGCUCCGUCCUCACCACCUGUGCCAUCGCGCUCGAGCGCUACUGCGGUGUCGUACACCCGCUCCGCACCAAACACUGGCGCACCGCCCGGCGAGCCGCCAUUGCCUGCGUCCUCAUCUGGGCGUUUGUUCUGAUUACUCAGACGCCCUUGCUCAGGCGUGACCUCACCCUCCGGGUCGUCGAGCUAGACAUCACGACCUGCUUCGACGUGCUUCCGCGUGCACUGUUCCCUAACCAAUCAGUAUCCUAUCUCUACUUUCUAGUGGUUCUGCUGAUGUUCUAUGUGUUGCCGUUAGCCGUCCUGGUCAGCUGUUACGUUGCCGUGGCGAGAGGCCUGCACAGGUCAUUGCCGACAGCAGCUGAAAGCAGUGGCGAUAAGAGGGAAGUGUUGUCAAGGCGACGGGCUCAGACCACAGUCGCCUUGGCAACCAUGUGCUUUGUGGUGUGUUACCUACCAACCAUCACCCUUCAUGGCCUGCACCUAAUCUACCACUCCCAGGGCAAGAGUCUGUACAAGUACUAUAAACUAGUGCUAAGCAUCAACAGCCUCAACUGCUGCUUUGACCCGUUUGUGUACUACUUUGCGUCGAGGGAGUUCCGGCGGGCUCUGAGGAGGGCGCUGGGGCGGUGUGUCCCACUGGGAGAGGGGGAGGAGGUUGGGAACUCUGAGCUGGUGUCCAUGACUGGGGAGCUUAGGGCAUCUAUAGGCCAUAGUUGAUCACUAGAUGGUCAUGCUAGAAUGGACAAAGUAUGCAGAUGCCAUAGCAAAUGACCCAAACUGUAAAUACAACACUUUAAAAAAUAGAUUUGGUUAUUUUAUGGACAGACCCUGUGCGGUCAUCAUUAUAAAGCUGUUUAUGCAAUUGUUGUCAAUGCUAAUUUUUAUAGUUAUUCUAACUUCAUUCCGUUGACAUUUUUAAAUGAAUAAAUGUUAGAAAUGCAUCAUCUUGGUAUCAAGUGAGUUUAUUACUGAGGCAUUGAUAAGUGCACAAAAAGGCCGACUAAUAACACUACUGUAAUAUACUGACGUAAUCAAACACAAGAAAUGCCUGUUUCAAAAGCCUGAAUGCCAGUUAACGUUAAAUGAGUACA